AUUAGUUCACAGUCUCUAUGCACCACACUCUGCACCAAAAACAGAACCACUAUGGCUUCCAACAAGAGUAGUAGUAGUACUCAUCAAGCAUUAACAUUGCUCCUGUUCUUCCUCCUCACCCUCUCCUCUGCGCAUGCCAAAGGUGGCAUAGCCAUCUACUGGGGCCAGAACAAUGGCGACGGUACCUUAACCUCCACAUGUGACACCGGAAACUACGAGAUUGUGCUCCUCGCCUUUCUCUACACUUUCGGUUGUGGCAGAACUCCAGAUUGGAACUUUGCUGGCCACUGUGGGCCAUGGUCCCCUUGUGACAAACUACAACCAGAAAUCGAACAUUGCCAAAGAAACGGUGUGAAGGUGUUCCUCUCCCUUGGAGGAGCCGUUGGGCCCUACUCCUUAUGCUCGCCGGAAGAUGCCAAGAGCGUCUCCGACUACCUUUACAACAACUUCCUGAAUGGCCAAAGGGGUCCAUUAGGGAGUGUGUACCUUGAUGGCAUUGAUUUCGACAUUGAAGGUGGUUCAAACCUUUAUUGGGAUGAUUUGGCUAGAGAACUCGAUACACGCAGAAAGCAAGACAGGUACUUUUACUUGUCGGCAGCACCACAAUGUUUCUUCACAGAUUACUACCUUGAUACCGCCAUUAGAACUUGGCUUUUCGAUUACCUCUUCAUCCAAUUCUACAACAACCCUCCAUGCCAAUAUAGUAACGGCGACGCAUCU